AUCCUUUCCUCUAGUCACAUUGUUAGUCAACAUUUAUUCGGGAUUAACUUAGAGAUCAAUGGAAUCCCACAGAUCUUUUUCCGCAGCUCUCUUCUUAUCAUUUAAUCUCAUGUUUCUUGCAUAUGUUAGUGGCUGCAACACUUGCUUGCCAACUAAGCCAAUCCCAAACCCUAACCCAAUCAGCAAUCCAACAAAGCAUAGCUGCCCAAAAGAUGCCCUCCAACUUGGUGUUUGCGCCAAAAUACUAGAUGGUGCAGUCGGAACUGUCAUCGGAAACCCACCUGACACACCUUGCUGCUCAGUACUCAAAGGGCUUGUCGAUCUUGAAGCUGCCGUUUGUCUUUGCACCGCCAUUAAAGCUAACGUUCUCGGGAUUAAUAUCGACAUUCCCAUCUCCUUGAGUUUGCUCAUCAACACUUGCGGCAAAACGCUCCCCUCUAAUUUCAUUUGCGCCUGAUAUAAGUUGUUUAAGGAUGAAUCGAUCGAAUAGUUUUACUUUUGUCGUGUGUGUGUUUAUUUUUUUGCUUCUGUUUGUUUGGUUGGUUCACGUCUAACUCAAUCCGCAUGUACUUUUGUUUUUGUCAUUUCUGAAAAUUUAUUGGUGCCUAGUUUUGUUGGUGUAAGAUUUUAUCUGUUUCACGUAUUUAGUUUCCUA